AUGGAUGUCCUAGCACUCACCAUUUAUGGCAUCUUCCUCUUCCCUAAACAUGAAAACUUUGUGGAUUUAGCAGCAAUAGAUGUAUUUCUUGCAUGCAAAAAUCGAUCUGAAAAUCCUGUCCCUGCAAUACUAGCUGAUGUUUAUUCUCAUGUCUUUAAAAGGCCAAGUGAGAUCAAGUGUCCGAUCACUGAUUUGCUGAGGUUUCAGAUUGGGCAGAAAAAUGGUCAAGAGUGGGCUAAUCACUUAGCCAAUUUGAAUGAAGGACACAUCAGGUGGCACACUCCAUGGCAACAGUCAACAACCAUUGUUUAUCACUGUGGCAAUUAUCCAAAUGUUCCUCUUAUGGGUACUCGGGGUUGUAUUAAUUACAAUCCAAUUAUGGGACAACGUCAGCUCGCUUAUCUUAUGAUGGGACCACCUGCUAAGGAAUUGUUGAUUCCUUUUAUUGUCUAUUAUGAAGAUGGAAAUUUCACGGAGCUUAUCCGAAAGGCAAGGAAUGCUUGGGCAAGGGUUGUUCGAAAAGGAAAAGAGUUAGGCGUGAGGAGAUGUGUAGCAAAAGCAAGUUACCGUCAAUGGGUUAAAGAAAGAAUCCAAGAGAUUAAGUUACCAUUCAAAGAUCCAGGUACCUUCCAAAAAAGUGAGUCAUCUAAUCCAGAACCCUUUGAGAAUGAAGAAGUAAAAGAAUUAAAGGUAAGACUGGCUAAGAUGAUUGAGAAGAAUGUGAGGGUAGAAAGGGAGCUUCGAGAGAGCCGCCAAACUUGCACCAUUUUGAAAAGAGAAAACAGUGAAAAACAACAAGCCUAUGAAGAGGUUUGUAAGAAGCAGAAGUCUGUGCAAAGCCAUGUAGCCAAAGUUCAACGUUGCCUUGAGGUUGCAAGCAAGGAAUUGGGAUUAAGGGUGAAGUAG